UUGCCUUGUUGGAAGGUGGUUUCGGGAGGAAAUGCAUUGACCGAAGACGCUAGCAAAAGAGAAUAGCUGCCUGCAGAACCUUGUAUACGUCCGGAAGCUGUUAGUCGAGUCGAGUUUGUCUCUAAUAAAAACGAUGUCAGUCCCUGAAGAGCUUUCAGACAUGGAUGAAGCAGAUCUGUUGGGUCUGCUGCUCCAGAAUGGAGAGAAUGGCUCCACUGAAGACUUCUUUUGUGAUGAUAAUGGCCUCUUUGAGUCCUGGCUCUCAGAACCAGAUAUGCUGACGGGGAUGGAUACUGAAGACUUUUUGUCCAGCUUGUUGGAUAAAGAAGAAAACACGAAAGUCUUCAGCCCCUCCCAUUCUCCCCUGGGGAGCGAUAGUGGCAUUUCUGAUGACAGCAGCACCGGUGCUGGCAACAACAAUCUCGCCGGGUGUCCAAGUCCACAUGGCAGUGACAGCGACAUCGUGCCCAGUCCCACAUACUCUCAGCCCAGCCCGCUGCACUUUGAGUCCAUGCUGGUCUGUGAAGAGCAGCAGACUGAGAACCCGGGCGCCCUAACAGUCCGAGCAGAUCACAGCUACUCUCUGCUUCAGAGUGGACCCGGGGACACGGACAUGGACGUGCUGCAGAGCGUGAGGGCGGAGAAGCCAGAUACAGAUGUCUUCAUUGAUCUAGACAAUUUGGUGAGUGACACAUUGGAGGAGAACAUCAUCAGUGAGCUGCCAUGUACUCUGGCUAUAGAGGAUUCGAUGGAGGACUCAACCGAGGCCAGCGCUGCAGAUGAGUUCCAGUUUAAAGAGAUUGUUCUCAGUGAGGAGGAGAAACGCCUUCUGGCAAAAGAGGGACUCACCAUUCCCACACACAUGCCUCUGACAAAGGCGGAGGAGAGGACCCUCAAGAGGGUCAGGAGGAAGAUUCGCAACAAGCAGUCGGCUCAGGAGAGCCGAAAGAAAAAGAAGGUGUAUGUGGAUGGACUGGAAAACAGGGUGGCCAUCUGCACUGCACACAACCUGGAACUACAGAAGAAGGUCCAGAUGCUGCAGAAACAAAACAUGUCUUUGAUAGAGCAACUGAAGAAACUCCAGGCUAUUGUAAAGAUGUCCACCCUGAAAGCCAGCACAACCAGCACUUGUGUUAUGGUGUUCUUGCUCUCCUUCUGUCUCAUCAUCUUUCCAUCAGUCAAUCCGUUUGGUGGAAACUCUGAACAGAAGGAACUCUACACACCGUCUUCUAUCAUUUCUCGGAGCUUGCGCUCAGUGCCACCAGAGAGCACAGGUCCCACACCUUACCUCGAGGACAAGGAGAUUGUCUUUGUGCCCCAAACUGUGGAGAACGCCAGUCCUCAUCAGAAGAAUUACACUCCCGACUUCCAGAAGGUUGAGCAGCCCGACUCGGAGACCGGUGUCAACAGCAACUCCUCUGCAGAUUUUCCCGCUCCUGGUCAAGGAGCAGAGAUCCCCACUGGUGGAAUCGGGUCCUUACAGGAAGGUUCCAUUGACGGUGUUGUGCCAUACGAAGUGCCCGGAUCCAAAGAGCCGUGGAUCGACAGAAGCCACCCCCCUGUCAUUCUGCAACAGCACCGCUCUGAUGAGAUGUAGUCCAACCGUUUCUCCUAAUAGAACCAGCAGAGGGAGCCAUAUUCCUAAUGCUAUCAGAGGAAACUCAAACAAGAGGAUUGGAAAACGACCAUCACUUAUCCAGAUAUAGGAUCUACCUGUUUCCAUUGCUUUUUUCCCCAUUGAUCUGCCCUCUGAUAACCGAAGUUACUUUAUUUGCACUUUCUUCUGUUUUUUUCAUGGUUAUAGUGGGAAAGGGGAACUGGAGAUAUUUAUAUAUUUUAGCAGGGUUAACUACUGAAAUGACCAGAAUGUAGCCAUGCUGCGGCGUUUGGGAGCAUGGUACUUCUGACAGCUCUGGCCUUGCACAAAAAUUGCCAACAUGGGAACAUUAACAGUAAAAUGUGAUAACACUGUUGCUUAAUUGAAAAAUUCUGGAAAAAAGACUGUUGGACCAAAGCCUUACAGUACAUAGAUACUCCUAAAAAUCCCAAUUGGCACAGCCAUAUGAGUAUGAAAAUAAAUAGUCCAGUUGUUCUUAAUGCUAACUAGUCUACAACAUGCAAUGUAGUGCAAUUUAUGCUGCUUGACUCAUGAAGCUUCAAGAGGGAUUUUUUUUUACCCUCUUCAUGUAUUGUUAAAGCCAUUGCAGGACAUUUGGCCAUUUUAGAAGACUUGUAAAGUAUUAGUAUUUCCCUUGUAACAAGGGUAUCCAUGCUUUUUCAUUUUGUAGUGCUUUGUUUAUAUGCUGUACAGUCAAACAAUGCAAAGUAUAAAGAAGCGCACAAAUGAAUUGAUCUUAUUGUUAGCUUACCCCAGUCUACUUCUGCAGUCGCCCUUAUAAAUGUCUAAAAUACUGAACAGUCAGGUGUUAAAAAUAAGGGACUUGAUAUAUUUGAUCAGUCAAUUGUUUUGCGAUAAAGUGUACUCAAAAAGAUGAUCUUUUUUGUAAGUUUUCUUUUUUUUAAUGUGUAUUUUUUUUUUGUUAUUGUUGGUUAUCAAUGGAAUGAUAUGAAUUUGUACCGUUAAUGGUUAUAAGUCAGAGAUUUUAAAUGUUAAUUAUGUCCAACAAAUGCACUGACAUUUGACCUAAUCUAAUAAUGAAGUGUAUAUAUAAUAUUUCUGUACACAUCAACUGUUUGUGCACAAGACAUGUCUACACAUCUACAGUAAUAAACUUUUUUUUAUGAAAAAGUA